AUGACUUCGAUUAUCUUUGCUGUGAUCCUCGCGAUCUUCGCGGUUGGCUCGGCGCAUCCAAUGGAGAAGCGACAGGAUGAUGGCUCGUGGAGUUUAUAUGCAUAUGGCCACGGCAUUGACGGGCUGCUCAUCUUCUAUGCAGAUGGUCAAGCUCAGAUCGGUAACAUGGAUCUGUCAAACGCAACCAACAAGUCCACGUUUUCAUUAACCUUUGGCGACAACCCAAACACCUGGGUUGCCCAUUCCGAUAACACAACUACCCUUGCCAAUACUACCACUCUGCUGGGAUUGAGCGAUACUGGCUCAAUGGCUUGUCCAGUCGUUUUUACCCCGAGCCAGACAAGUAACAACACAACCAUGCCGACACCACAAACCAAUGUGUGGACUUUGUAUGGAAAAUAUGUUGUGUGUAGCCAGGACAGGGUCAACUUCUACGCCCAACCGACAGGACAAGAUGGAUGGUAUAUCUUGCUAUGGAGUGCAAUGACAGAUGCAGCUCUGCAGAAUAUCCCGGUGACUCUGAGAACCAUCGGCCCUGCCUCUGGCUAA